GAGGGCCCAAACAAAUCCCAUUCUUCCCCUUUCCCUCCCUAUAUAAACUGCUCUCUCCCUUGCAAUCGUUUCUCACUUCUUCCUUCUCUAAACCUGCCACCCUCAUAAUCAUUUUCGUUAUCUUGUUGGUUUGAAUUCUUUCUAUCACUCCCAAUUUUUCAACAUUUUCAUUCUUCUGCACCACUCAUUCCAAUCUCACUCACCUCAAUUUUCUCCGUUUUUUCACUCGCAAACCAGAUCCGCAUGCUGUGCAUGCUUAAUUCCGUUACCCCUCAAUUUUCCUUCCCUUUCUCCAUAACCACCGUUCCUAGAUCCUCCUCCUCCUGAGUCGCCGGAGUCACUGCUCGAUCUGAAUCAACGGUGGUGUUGCGGUGGUGAUUCCUCCUUCCCCGACCAACCUCUCACUGCUUCCUUCUGAGGGGGUAGCCGAGGCGGGGCCUCUGCCUCGUCGGCUUUCAAAGCCCCCAAUCUCACAAUCUCAAACCCUAAUUUCUCACCAUGCCGGCCAUGGCGUGUGGCGCUGCUGUUCUCCCCCUUCCCGGCUACACUCUCGCCGGAGACACAGACACCUCUCUUCCGCCUCCGCCGCCGCUCACAUUUUCCGCCGACGACACCUGGUCGCCCUCCUUGUCGUCUAAGCUUUACAGGAUCGACGCCUGGGGCGGUCCUUACUUUACCGUCAACUCCGCCGGGAACGUGUCUGUCCGCCCCCACGGGGCGGCCACGCUGGCUCACCAGGAGAUUGAUCUGCUCAAGGUCGUGAAGAAAGCGUCCGACCCGAAAUGCUGCGGCGGACUCGGGUUGCAGCUGCCUCUCGUUAUCCGGUUCCCGGAUGCUCUCAAGAACCGGGUUGAGUCCCUUCAAUCUGCCUUCGACUGCGCGAUUCAAUCGCAGGGGUAUGAGUCCAGUUACCAGGGUGUGUUCCCUGUGAAGUGCAACCAGGACCGGUUCGUUGUGGAGGAUAUCGUGAGGUUCGGUUCGUCGUUCCGGUUCGGUUUGGAGGCAGGGUCGAAGCCAGAGCUUCUUCUGGCUAUGAGCUGUUUGUGUAAGGGAAACAGAGAAGCGUUUCUGGUCUGCAAUGGGUUCAAAGACAGCGAGUAUAUCACUCUGGCAUUGGUUGCGAGGAAACUGGAAUUGAACACUGUGAUUGUUCUGGAGCAAGAGGAGGAGCUUGACAUUGUGAUUGAAGUCAGCAACAAGCUCUGCAUUCGUCCUGUGAUUGGGGUUCGAGCGAAGCUGAGGACUAAGCAUUCUGGCCAUUUUGGAGGAACUUCAGGGGAUAAAGGGAAGUUCGGUUUGACAACUACCCAGAUUCUUCGUGUGGUGAAGAAGCUUGAGCAAGUGGGCAUGCUUGAUUGCCUGCAAUUGCUGCAUUUCCACAUUGGUUCUCAGAUUCCCCACACUGCAUUGCUUUCUGAUGGUUUGGGGGAAGCUGCACAGAUUUACUGUGAACUGCUUCGACUGGGUGCCCAGAUGCGAGUUCUUGAUAUUGGUGGUGGUUUGGGCAUAGAUUAUGAUGGUUCUAAGUCCACGGAUUCUGAUAUCUCUGUUGGGUAUAGUCUUGAAGAGUAUGCUGCAGCUGUUGUUCACACGGUGAAGAAUGUUUGUGACCGCAGGAACGUGAGGCAUCCUGUGAUUUGCAGUGAGAGUGGCAGAGCCAUUGUGUCUCAUCAUUCAGUGUUGAUUUUCGAGGCUGUUGGUGCUAGUGGUAAUAGAGGUAGAGACUCUGCAUUGUCCACCAUUGAAUUGCAGUGUUUGGGAGAGGGGUUAUCAGAGGAAGCUCUUGCUGAUUAUCAGAACAUGUCUUCUGCAACCAUUCGAGGCGAGUAUGAAACCUGUUUGCGCUACGCGGAGCAGUUCAAGAAACGGUGCGUUGAACAGUUCAAGCAAGGGAGUUUGGGGAUGGAACAGCUUGCAGCAGUGGAUGGUUUGUGUGAUUUGAUCACUGAGGCAAUUGGGGUGAACGAUCCAGUUCAAAAGUACCACAUGAACCUCUCUGUGUUCACAUCAAUCCCUGAUUUCUGGGCAUUCGAGCAACUUUUUCCCAUAGUCCCAAUUCAUCGUCUCGAUGAGAAGCCUACCGCGAAGGGGAUUCUAUCAGAUUUGACCUGCGACAGUGACGGGAAGAUUGACAAGUUCAUCGGUGGUGAGUCCAGCUUGCCGCUCCAUGAAUUGGAAGACGGGCACUACUACUUGGGAAUGUUCUUGGGUGGGGCUUAUGAGGAGGCGCUCGGUGGUGUUCACAACCUGUUUGGUGGCCCAAGCGUGGUGAGGGUGGUGCAGAGCGACGGGCCUCACGGUUUCGCGGUGACGCGUGCGGUGGCUGGGCCGUCUUGUGGGGAUGUCCUCCGAGCAAUGCAGCAUCAGCCAGAGCUCAUGUUCGAGACCCUCAAGCAUCGCGUGCUGGAGUUUGAUCAGGAUGAAGUGAAUGCUGCUGCAGUGGUGGCUAGCCUCGCGCGUUCCUUCGACAAAAUGCCUUAUCUGGUUGCGGCUAAGCCUUGUUGCUUCAAUGCUGUUAGUAAUGGUGGUUUUUACCACUGCUCCGGUGAUGAUUUCAGUGCUGAUUCUGGUGGCGGCGGCGGCGGCAGCGGCAGCGCUGGUGGAGAAGAGGAGCAUUGGUCUUAUUGCUGUGCUUGAGUUUGGUCGUUUAGCAUUCCCCUAUUGUCGCUUUGUUGUUGUUGGUUGUCUGUUAAAUAAACCUAUUCCUUUGUCCUUACUAUUGGCUCCUUAUUUUUAUUUAGCAAAGGAUGUAAGUAGAAGGGCAGGGUCCUCCUCUGUCUUUAGAUUUUGCAACUUCAGCAUCCUUUAAUCUCGACUCUUUCUGCUAAUUUCUUGUUUUUAAUAGAUUUUCAUGAUACUUGAUUGUGACUUUA